AUGCCACUGCGAAUAACCAAAUGUCGUCUGUCUUCUGAGAUGAUUUCUAGAAUGUGGCCAUGCCUCAGAUCUUUCAACUCACUGAAGCAUCUUACCAUCUCAGAUGCAUCUCUUAGCUUCCCUCCAUCUCCUACUGAGCUACCAUCGGUCACAAAACUAUCAGUCAAGGGAGUGACGUCGCAAAGCUAUAAUGGUCUAAUCUCAUCGCUCCCUGGUUUGGAAAGUAUUGAUAUCACGAUGGAUGAUGAGGAGGGAGACAUUGCUCGUUACAUCGUUGUUCUUCGUCGGACAGCAGGGCAGAAACUAAAACACAUAUAUCUAUAUGGUCCGUCAUCAUGGUCAUCACUUUUACGAAAUAGGGGCAUUGUAUCGAGAGAGGCAAUAAGAGGACUGGGUCUGUUCAUCGAAGAACAUACGAAGAACCUGGUGUCGCUCUACCUGGAAUGCGUGGAGUGUACAGACGAGAAUCAUUUAGUUUACCUUAUUGACUGCUGCAGACGUGUGAAGACGAUGAAACGCGUUGAGUGA